AUGGACCCUCGCGGACCCGAGGCAGAACCCGAUGAGCUCCACAAUGGAUGGGGAGCUCUUUUCAAAGACGAGGAGGAGGACGAAGACUACACUCCGUCCGAGUGCAGCAGCGACCGGCUUUCCGACGUGUCCGACUGGGAUCCGAUCGAAGCUGCCCCCGAGACGCCGAUAUACCGCCACAACACCCGGGUCAUGCGCGAGCGCCUUGCGUUCUCGGUUUCCCGCACGCGCACCAGCGUUGUCGACCACGUUAAGUCAAUUUUGGCUUUUAUGGAGUCCGUAGAUAUGAAUCUCCCCAUGCAUCUCAGACCCUAA